AUGAAAUUAGCAUAUUUCAUAUUAUACGCAUUAAUAUCUGGAACAAGUAUCCUAAACUCAACCACUCAUCUCCCAACCCUCUCGGCUCCCACAAACUAUUUCCUUCAAAGUGACCCUUCAACCCCAACCGACGCCUCAUUACCCAAUUUCGGUUUGAAUAAGAACUAUACCUGGCAAACAGUACUCGAGAAUCUACAACCUAACCAAAAGUUAUUCUUCAUCCAACGACACGGAGACGCAUAUCACAACAUAGCCCCAAGUUUAUUUUCACCCACUGAUUGGAAUUGUUAUUGGCAAUUCCAACCAGGAGAUGGGAACAUCACUUGGGAAGAUGCAGAAUUGACCCCGACAGGCCAGGAAGAAAUACGAUCCCUCUCGACUCAAAUCCAAAACACGACAGAUUUCCCCGAAGUGGAGGUAUAUUAUGUCAGCCCUUUGAGGAGGACACUUGAGACUUGGGAUCUAACAUGGAGAAAUCAUACUGAUAAAAUACCCACCAUUAAGGAAUUAUCAAGAGAGACAUAUGGAUUAGAUACCGAAAGUGAACGACAUUCAGAAUCAUACAUUUCCGAAAACUACCCCGGAUUUGAUUUUGAGCUGGGAUUUCUGGAAGAGGAUGUUUUAUGGACUCCAAAUGUGCGUGAAAAUAGUCAACAUCGGAAUUUUCGAGCUGCUACUUUGUUGACGGAUAUAUUCAGGUCCAAUAAUGGGACAAAUGUGAUCAGUAUCGUUUCUCAUGCAAAUUUGAUCCUGUCGAUAUUACAAGUCGUGGGACAUCGGUCAUGGUCAUUGGCUACCGGGGGUAUGAUCCCGGUUGUGAUUGGGAUAAAUGAUGUAUAUAUGGAUUAUGAAUUGAAUCAACGAUGGUUGGAUUAUAGUGAUCUUUGUUCCAAUUCGAAGUUUACUAAGACAAUGACGUUUACUACUGGGAGAACUAAUUUUCCCGAUGUGACAACUACGAUUGAAGCAGGUUUGAGUACAUUAGGGCUGACGAAUACGUCUGAAACUAGUAGCGAAUCCCAUUCGACAAAGACAAACACGGCGAAUUAUGGUUUAAAGGGGGCAUCUUUUAAUGGAUUGCUUUUGGUUCUACUAUUAUUUAUUUAG